ACAUUCCCAAUAUAUAUAUAAUUCCAUCUUCAAACCAAGAAGCACCAAUCAUUCCAAUUUCCAAUUCAAUCUCCAUAAUCAAAUACCCUUUGUAUAAAGUCAUUCAAUUUUCACAUUUCCAACAAUUCCAAAUUCUUUUUUAGUCGCCGGAAAAUAUAUUAUAUUUUCUUGAUUUUCCGGCGAGUGAUCGGAGAUGGUUUCACCGGAAAAUACUAACUGGUUAUAUGACUAUAGUUUUGAAGAUAUAUCUGUCCCUAAUGCUAAUUUUUCUGUUUCAUCAAAUAUGUUUUCUUGGUCUAUGCAGGCUUUUAAUGGUUCAACUAAUGCCAGUGUUGAUAUUGAUGGCUCACUUGGUGAAUCAGACUGCCUGAAGGAAAGCGGUUCUAAGAAAAGGGUAAGAGCUGAAUCAUGCACCACCUCAUCAAGUUCCAAAGCUUGCAGGGAGAAAUUAAGGAGAGAUAAGCUGAAUGACAAGUUUAUGGAAUUGGCAGCGCUUCUUGAGCCUGGCAAGCCUCCAAAAACUGACAAGAGCGCCAUUCUGGUUGAUGCUGUUCGUGUGGUGACACAGUUACGUGGUGAGGCUCAAAAAUUGAAAGACUCAAAUUUGGAUCUACAAGAAAAGAUAAAGGAGUUGAAGGUUGAGAAAAACGAGCUUCGAGAUGAAAAGCAGAGGCUGAAGUCGGAGAAAGAGAAGCUAGAGCAACAACUAAAGACUAUGAAUGCACAACCUGGCUUCUUGCCUCCUGCCAUGCCCGGUGCUUUUGCUGCUCAUGGUCAAGCUGCAGGAAGCAAGCUGGUGCCAAUCAUAAGUUACCCUGGGGUGGCCAUGUGGCAAUUCAUGCCUCCUGCAGCAGUAGAUACCUCACAGGACCACGUGCUCUGCCCUCCAGUUGCUUAAGUUGGCAGCUAAAGCUUAUGAUAGUUGACUUUACUCCGAUUAUGUUGUUCUAGUCAAAUUCUCUUUGGCUGUGUUAGUUUUACGCUCGAGUCCUCUUGGUGUAUUUGGUUGAUGAUAGAAGUUUUCUUGUAACCUUUGAACUUUUACUGAGUUAAUUCUGGUUUUAUCAACUGUAAAUUUUAGCGGGUUCAACCUGGCAUUUACAUGUA